AUGCUAUGGUUUCAGAAAAUCCUCGAAACUUCUCUGCAAAAGGUACCAGGGUACCCAUCCUUAACUUUAAGCACAAUUUCACUUUUACAAGAGUACCUUCAAGCCACCGUCUCGGAUAAAUGGGGCCGCCGCAUUGGAGCGACGCCAGAAAUCCGCAACAUCAACAGCACAUUGGGAGAAGGACCACUACCAUCAGAACUGUCCAUCGCUGGUUCGCUCGCUUCACAACAGGACAUGGGAUCUUUGAAGACAAGUUCCAGUCGGGAGACCCCGACAGUCUGGACUCCGCCAAUGUCGACGCUGUCAAGAGGAUCCGGAAGUUACCUUCUGCAUUCUAACGAAGAGAUUUGGGUGUAG